AUGAGCGACGACGACCUGGGGCCCCUCAUCCGCCUCUGGGGCCUGACAACAGCGGAGCUCCCGGAUCCGUCGGACACGCCCGACAAGCUCGCCCCCUUCCUCAUCUCCAUCCUGCAGGAGGCCGUCCCCUUCAUCGACUCGGCGGCCCCCAAAUCCGCCUCGUCCGCCUCGGCCCACCCGGCCGUCGACCCGGGCGCCGCCGCCAGCCGGCUCUGGAAGCCCAAGGGCCCCUCCUCGGGCGCCGGCAAGCGCUACCCCGAGUCCGCCGCCGCCGUGCACCUCUCGGAGCGCACGGUGCGGCCCGCCGAGCUGGAGCGCGUCGCUCGCCGGUCCGGGGGCCGGUCCGGACACCGGCGCGUGACGUCGGGCGAGACGUGGGCGUGCCGGCGCAGCGUGCACGCCGACACCGCCGCGCCCGGCGCGCGGUCCGCCUCGUGGGCCGAGUUCCGCGACGCCAUGGGCGGGGAGCGGCACGCCGAGAGCGAGGCGGCGUUCGCGCCGACCGUCGUGGCCAGCAGGCCGGCCAUCGUGUGGGACUGCGGCGGCGUCGAGGCCGUCGAGGCCGGGGAUACGUGGGGCCGGUUCGCGCUGCGGGUCGAGGAGAUCAAGCACCGUGUCGGGGGCCCCCUCGUCAAGGAUCGCGUGUUCCCCGUGCUGCAGAUGGUGUGCUCGGCCAUGGAGAGCGGCGGCAGCGGCAGCAGCAGCAGCGAGGAGAGCGAGGAAAGGACCCAACAACAACAACAACAGCUUGACGACGCCGCGGCGGUCAGCCGGAGGGAGAAGCCCGAGCUCCUCAUCGUGAGCAUCGCCGUCUCCGACUUCGCGACGGCGGCGCCGCAGGCCGAGCUAUCGCGCUCCAAGGGCGUCGUCGUCGGCGCCUACACGAGCGUCGAGCGCAUCCGCAAGCUGCCGGGUUCGGGCGACAUCGAGUGGGUCAUGGCCACCGCCUCGAACGCCCGCGGCGCCCUGCCCGCGUGGGUGCAGGCCCUGGCCGUGCCGGGUCAGAUCGCCAGGGACGUGCCCCUGUUCCUGGGCUGGGUCGCCAAGGAGAGGCAACGGGCAUCGGAUCCGGCCGGUCGACCGCCGGCGGAGGCGGAGGAGGGGAAGGGAAAGGCAGCAGCAGCUGGAGGUACGGAGGCGCCGCCUGCUACUUCUGAGGAGACAGCGGCGAAGGAUGCAGGUGCUCCUGCGGAGGGAGAACCCCUGUCACCCGCAAAGGACGAACCCAGCGAUGAGCUUGCUCCCGCUUCCUCAACUCUUGCGGGCGAGGCACUGGAAUCUCCAGGCACCGAGUGGCCGGCCAGCGGUCAUGAUAAGACUGAGGAAGCGGCAUCUGAAAACCCAGCUCCGGUAUUGGGGGAACCCAAAUGA